AUGCAUAAAUGUGGCUCUCCUGUGUCCUCGCAGCCGAAGGGGAAGAAGGCUAAGGGUAAGAAGGUGGCACCUGCCCCUUCCGUGGCCAAGAAACAGGAGGCCAAGAAAGUGGUGAAUCCCCUGUUCGAGAAGCGGCCCAAGAACUUUGGCAUCGGUCAGGAUAUCCAGCCCAAGCGGGACCUCACGCGCUUCGUGAAAUGGCCUCGCUACAUCAGGCUGCAGCGUCAGCGGUCCAUCUUGUACAAGCGUCUGAAGGUGCCACCCGCGAUCAACCAGUUCACCCAGGCUUUGGACCGCCAGACGGCCACCCAGCUCUUCAAGCUGGCCCACAAAUACAGGCCUGAGACCAAGCAGGAGAAGAAGCAGAGGCUGCUGGCAAGGGCUGAGCAGAAGGCUGCAGGCAAAGGAGACACCCCAACCAAGAGGCCCCCAGUUCUCAGAGCAGGUGUGAACACGGUCACAACUCUGGUGGAAAGCAAGAAGGCCCAGCUGGUUGUCAUUGCUCAUGAUGUGGAUCCUAUUGAGCUGGUGGUGUUCCUUCCUGCGCUGUGCCGGAAGAUGGGCGUCCCAUACUGCAUCGUCAAGGGCAAAGCCAGACUGGGUCGGCUGGUGCACAGGAAGACCUGCACCUGCAUUGCCUUCACACAGAUCAACCCUGAGGACAAGGGUGCCCUGGCUAAGCUGGUGGAAGCUGUCAAGACUAACUACAAUGACAGAUAUGAGGAGAUCCGCCGUCACUGGGGAGGCGGUAUCAUGGGCCCCAAGUCCACCGCUCGCAUCGCCAAGCUUGAGAAGGCUAAAGCCAAGGAACUGGCCACCAAGCUUGGUUAAAUACACAAUGCUUGAGGUUCCCUGUUGUGUAUAUAAAAUAAAACUCUGGAAAAAAAA